CAAAGAAACUGCUACUGAUUGUUCCUUUCUUUCUUUUAAAGAAACAAAUUUUCUCCAUUUUUAAACAUCGAGUCUCAUCGUCUCCCUUCUUUCGUUUGAGUCAAAAACCUUUAUAAUCGAAAUAUUUUGCAUUUAAAGUUUCUGCAGGAAAAAAAGGAAGAAAAAACAGUCUGGGUACUUUUGUUUUUCUUUCCUUCUUUCUGGUUUUUUAAUUUUGAUUUCGUGUCAUUGAGAAUCAAUCGACAACUAUGGUGUUCGAAAAGCAACCGAUCGCGUCUUCAUCGUCGAAUAACCUCAAGUCUCCUUUGCCGAGAGAAGACACGCCUCUUAUCGGUAAAGGGAAGCCUUUGUCGUCGAAAUCCAAGACUUUUGCCAAUGUUUUGAUAGCCAUAGUUGGUGCUGGGGUUUUGGGUUUGCCUUACGCCUUCAAGAGGACCGGAUGGGCCAUGGGUCUGCUCUUGCUUUUCUCCGUCGCAGGCUUGAGCACCUACUGCAUGAUGCUUUUGAUUCACACCCGCCGGAAGCUCGAGUCUUUUGAAAAUGGUUUUGCCAAGAUUUCUUCUUUUGGCGAUCUGGGUUACGCUGUUUGCGGCGCCUUCGGCAGGUUUGUUGUCGACGUUCUUAUUGUUCUCUCUCAAGCUGGAUUCUGUGUUGGGUACCUUAUAUUCAUCGCCAACACUCUGACCAAUCUUUUCAACGGUCAAGUAUCCGUGGCUUCGAGCUUAAGCUUGGGGAUGUCGAGUUUUACGGCGAAGAGUUUGUAUGUAUGGGGAUGUUUUCCUUUUCAAUUGGGAUUGAAUUCUGUUCCGACUUUAACUCAUUUAGCUCCAUUGAGUAUUUUUGCCGAUGUCGUUGAUCUUGGGGCAAUAGCAGUGGUGUUGGUUGAGGAUGUGCAACUUAUGUUGAAGCGAAGCCAUGAGGUUAUCGCUUUCGGGGGUCUCUCCGUUUUCUUCUAUGGCAUGGGUGUGGCUGUAUAUUCUUUUGAAGGGAUGGGUAUGGUUUUUCCGAUAGAAUCCGAGAUGAAGGAUGCCACCAAGUUUGGCAAGAUAUUGGCACUUAGCAUGGGUUUGAUUUCUUUGAUAUAUGGAGCAUUCGGAGCGCUUGGUUAUCUUGCGUUCGGUGCCGAAACCAAAGACAUUAUUACUGCCAACUUGGGGGCAGGUUGGAUCAGCACUAUGGUUCAGCUAGGCCUGUGCAUCAACUUGUUCUUUACUUUCCCGUUGAUGAUGAACCCUGUUUAUGAGAUUGUAGAGAGGCGGUUUUGGGGAGGAUGCUACUGCUUGUGGCUUAGAUGGCUGCUGGUUUUGAUUGUAAGUCUGGUAGCUUUGUUCAUCCCGAAUUUCGCCGAUUUCUUGUCUUUGGUCGGAAGCAGCGUGUGCUGCAGCUUGGGGUUCGUAUUGCCAGCUCUGUUUCAUUUACUGGUGUUCAAGGAAGAGCUCGGGUGGAAAGGAUGGACCGUGGACGUUGGGAUCGUGACCUUGGGCAUUGUUCUUGGAGUUUCGGGAACUUGGUCAGCUCUCGUGGAGAUUUUCUCCGUCAAGGUGUAGUGGUACAUCGGCCUUUAGUCCGCUUUCAUGGAGGUUUUUUAUCCGUGAAGGCGUGCAAGUGCAGUGUCGAAAUGGAGGUGAUGUUUUGAGCUUCUUCUCGAUAUACUGCCUGCUUAUUUUCUUUAAUCAUGUAUGUAAAGGACCGGCAAUUCGACGCAAGUGUGAGUCGUCGAUAGCCUAGUGUGGGACAUUACUUGUGCUAUUAUCAGUUUAUCACCAUUACCUAUUACAUACGCUGUAUGAUAUUACAACAU